AUGGCAGCAAAAAAGGGGGUCUCCUCUACGUCGUGGACGAGAACAACCAUGGUCAUGCACGAUAAAAAAUGGAAUGUCUAUCAGCGAGAGACCGACUCUCCCGAUGCGUCUCCCAGUACUCCGAGUGCUGGUACCGUGGCUAAAGUCGAUUCGGCGACGGGACCGACCAGAACGCCCAUCGAUCUUACGAAGCAUUGCAAGUAUCACGAUGUCAAGGGACACGACACGACCGAGAACAAAGACAAGAAGGCUCAGCGAAAAUCGCAGGGCAAAACCCGUAAAAACGAUAAACAGUCAAAAGACGCAGAGAAAGCUGCCCGAGAAACCGACGAUGACGAUGACUCGGCAGAUGACGAUCAGCCGGCCAAUCGCCAGCGCAUCAAAGUCAUCCGCGUCCAACCUCAAGGAGAGAACGAACCAGGAUCCUCGUCCGACGAGGACGACGACAUGCAAACCCUAGACAGCACCACGGACCUUCGUUCCCUCCUCAAGCGAAAGCUUCGACCCACUACCGAGGAAACGCCAGUCUCCACCGAUCUCCGCCGACUGAUCGACUCCAACCGAGCCGCGAAAGUUUCAACGCAAGGAUCCUCUCACCAGCAAGAAGCCGAAAAGCCGAACUGCGAUUUGCGAGACAAACUCAACGCGAAGAUCGACGAUUUGCGGACAACCCUCAACCGCAAGAAAAGAGAUACUGCCGAAGCGAGUAACGACCUUCGUGAUAUGCUCCGAGCAAGGCGCGCACAAACUCGUCCCCGGAUAAACGUCAUCAUGGGUGGGUCACCCCCUUGCGGCGAUUCGGUCAGAGCAGUCAAAGACCAUCGAAGGCAAGCCACCACUUCCCAACGAUGGCCCCAGAAGCAAGUAGACGAUCAGCCGAUUACUUUUUCGUCUGACGAUACACUCGGCGUGCACCUCCCUCAUAACGAUCCUUUGCUCGUCGUGCUCGGCAUCGACAAGUACGACGUCACAAAAGUGCUUAUCGAUACCGGGAGCUCGGUCGAUAUCAUCUUCCGCGAAACCCUCGUGAAAAUGGGAAUCGAUCUCAAUGACGUCAAGCCUUCUACUCGUACCUUGACAGGAUUCAAUGGGUCGUCAGAGGUAAUCGCAGGCACGAUCCGCCUCUCGGUUCAUGCAUGCGGAGUCACGCGAACGGUCAAAUUUUCUGUGGUCGGCUCCAAAGCCCCUUACCACGUUAUACUUGGCACCCCAUGGUUACACUCAAUGCGAGCAAUCGCAUCAACGUACCAUCAGUGUAUCAAGUUCCCAGGAUCAGACGGAUCGAUCAAGACUCUGAAAGGCGAUCAGCAGGCUGCGCGAGAUCUCCUAAUCGCCACGGUUAAAAUUCAGCGCUCCCAGUCACUCGUCAACUCCGUCUCUCCUCCCGCGAGCAAAGUUUGUCCACAAAAGGAAGAAGUUCUGGAAGUAACAGUUGACGACUCGGACCCGAGCAAAUCUGUCCGAGUAGGCGCGUUUCUACCCGACGAGAUGCAACAGAAGAUCCUCGAGUUCCUUAAGCAAAACCUGUCCUCAUUCGCCUGGACAAUGUCCGAUAUGAAAGGAAUCGACCCAGCUAUCACAACUCACGAACUCAAUGUCGAUCCCAACUUCAAGCCCAUCCGACAUAAGAGAAGAAAGUUGGGACCAGAGCAAUCUAAAGCAGUCGCAGAAGAAGUCGAGCGUCUACUCGGCGCCGGCUCGAUCACCGAAGUUCGUUACCCGGAAUGGCUAGCCAACCCGGUAGUCGUUAAAAAGAAAAACGCAUGUCCUAAGGACAGCUACCCGUUGCCUAGCAUCGAUCGCCUAGUCGAAUCGACGGCCGGUAACGAGAUGUUGACGUUUAUGGAUACCUUCUCGGGCUACAACCAGAUCCUAAUGCACCCGGACGACCGGGAGAAAACUGCUUUCAUCACUGAUCGGGGAACCUACUGUUAUAAGGUGAUGCCAUUCGGAUUGAAAAACGCUGGAGCAAACUACCAACGGCUUGUCAACCGGAUGUUCGCCGACCAGCUUGGGAAGACAAUGGAAGUCUAUAUCGACGACAUGCUCGUCAAAUCGCUCCGAGCCGACGACCACUUAGCGCACUUAAAGGAAUGCUUCGCCAUCCUAAACAAGUACGGGAUGAAGUUGAAUCCCGCAAAGUGCACAUUUGGCGUCUCCUCGGGUGAAUUCCUUGGUUACAUUGUCACGCAACGAGGAAUAGAAGCUAACCCGAAACAGAUCUCAGCAGUCCUAAAUCUCCACAGUCCGAGAAACUGCCGUGAGGUGCAGAGACUAACAGGACGCAUCGCCGCGCUUAAUCGCUUUAUCUCCCGAUCUACCGACAAAUGUCUCCCCUUCUAUGAUCUCCUCCGAGGGAACAAGAAGUUCAUCUGGGACGACAAAUGCGAGGACGCAUUCGUUCAACUCAAGCAGUACUUGACGACUCCUCCCGUCCUGGCCAAACCGGACGUAGGAGACGUCCUCUCUCUCUAUAUCGCUGUCUCCUCAGCGGCUGUCAGUAGCGUCCUAAUCAAAGAGGACCGUGGCGAGCAACGUCCGAUUUUUUACACGAGCAGACGAAUGACCGGUCCGGAGACCAGAUACCCAACCCUCGAGAAACUGGCUCUGGCCGUCGUUGAUUCGGCGAGGAAAUUACGACCCUACUUCCAAUCACACUCCAUCGAGGUGUUGACCGAUCAACCGCUCCGCACCGUCCUGCAAAAUCCCAACAGAGCGGGUCGGUUAACUAAGUGGGCGAUCGAACUAAGCGAGCUUGAUAUUACAUACAAAUGCCGAACAGCCGCCAAAUCUCAAGUCCUCGCCGACUUCCUGGUCGAACUCACACCGGAUCUUGCACAAGAUCUCGACAUUCCAAGCCCGAACUGGAUUCUUCAUGUCGACGGAUCAUCAACGAGCAAAGGAUCCGGUGCGGGAGUCCAGCUUCAGUCGCCAACAGGAGAACUCAUUCGCCAGUCUUUCAGUUUCGGCUUCCCGGCCUCUAACAACGAAUCAGAGUACGAGUCGUUGAUCGCCGGCCUCCGUCUCGCCCGAGCCGUCAAAGCCAAACGCUUAAGUGCUUACUGCGACUCGCAGCUCGUCGCUAGCCAGUUCAGCGGCGACAACGAUGCUCGCAACGACAGAAUGGACGCGUAUCUCCGGGUGGUUCAAGAGCUUGCUAGGGAAUUCGAGUUCUUCGAACUCACCAAGGUUCCCCGCGGAGAGAACUUGCGCCGAUGCCUUAGCCGCACUCGGGAGCAAACUCCACGACCAGGUCAAAAGGACGAUACCCAUACAUCGGAUUGA